GUUUCUCCCGUCAUUUCAUAUCUCUUCUCCUUCAUCCGCUAUCUUCAACACACAUUCUUCACUCUCACUCUCUUGUACUCCACUUCUCUCUCUAGACUUCCCAUGGAUGUGAGGCUGUCUUCAAAUUCCCAAGCUCUGUCAUUGAUUUCUUGGACUCCACUCUCUUCUACUUCACCUUAUUCGCUUUCUCGUUCCAGAGUUCGUUCCCUCCGCAGAGAAUUUCUCGGCUGUGGCCGCAAUCUGAGGCCACCAGGUCUUCGAUCCCGAAGAAAAUGCAAGAAACUAGGGUUUCACAUUCACUCUCCACGGUUUCUCUUCAAAGCCUCCUUCGACUUGCAGUCAAUUGUUGUGGUUGUCGCGGUGGUCACCGUUUCAGCCCUCACCAUCGUCUAUCUGAAUUAUUUCAAGAUAAAGAAAGUCGGAGAGAUGUCAGGUCCAUCAAUUCUUGCAUUGACUGAACGAAUCAGAGGUCUCAUGAAUCGGGGUAAUGUGCAUCAAACUUGUGUUACUGGGGAUCUUGAGUGGCAGAUGUCCGUCACUGAGAGCAGAGAUUUGAUGAAGGCAACAGAAACUGGUCAUGCUUCUGAGAAUGAAUUGGUUCAGCUGCAGGAGGAAUCUGUUUUGAUGCAUGACGAAAAUCUCAUCACUAACACACUAGAGUCUCAUGGUAUUGAUAUCAGUGCAUAUAGUGCUAGUGAUUCUUUGUCCUCGAGAGAUUCUAAAGUUACGAGCCUAUCUUUUCCCCCUUCUGUUCUUUCUGAAUCAGGAACACUUCAAUCAGUUAAUUUUGUGACAGAAAUGCCUGAAUUGGAGUUUGAAGUAUGUGGACAGGACCCUGAGUCACAUUCUAACUUGCAGAAGCUAAUGGCUAGAGAGAAAUUGACUGUUGCUUCUACUCCAAUGCGUACUGCACUUAAAGAAGUGAAUGAACAUAAUAAAUCAACUCUUGAACUUGGCAAAGGGAGUGAAACAAUUAGAUCUGUUAGCAUCCUUAAAGACUCUGUCCGAGAAGAGCUUUAUAUGUAUUAUGAGGCAAAUCAGUCUGCAAUGAAGUCUAUAGCAAAUUUGAAUGGAUCAAACACGUUAUCUUCUCACACAUCUGUUCGAGUUAGCAAAGCCAUUUCAGUGCUUAGGAGUUCCACAACUGAAGGAGCAAAAUUAUUGGCAAAGGAGUUUCUUUACACUGCAGAGAAUUUCAAAGGAAAAACACCUCUUGGACUAUAUAAAGAAGGAUAUCCACAUGAAAGAAAAGAUUUGGGAAAAAGCAGGGGAUUUUCCAGAGACAAAGGAAAUAGAAUCCUUCCUCAGAAUGGACACAGAAAUUUUCCCCACUCCCCUCAUCCAAAUGGGAAGGAUGUUGAUGACACACAUAAUCUUGCACGGAAGUUCAGUGCUUACAAUCGUUUUUUAAGAAAUGGGAGAUUGAUUGACUGUGUUGAAUUGCUUGAAGAUAUGGAAAGAAAGGGUUUGUUGGAUAUGGAUAAGGUUUAUCACGCAGGGUUUUUCAAAGUCUGCAAAACUCAAAAGGCUGUUAAAGAAGCUUUUCGUUUCAUUAAGCUUAUCCAAAAUCCAACCCUAAGUACAUUCAAUAUGCUAUUGUCUGUCUGUGCAAUCUCUCAAGAUUCAGAGGGAGCUUUCCAAGUUCUACAUCUUGUCCAGGAGGCUGGUCUAAAAGCUGAUUGCAAACUUUACACUACACUUGUAUCAACUUGUGCAAAAUGCGGAAAAGUUGAUACAAUGUUUAAGGUAUUUCAUGAAAUGGUCAACGCUGAAGUGGAUCCUAAUGUUCAUACAUAUGGGGCACUUAUCGAUGGCUGUGCUAAAGCUGGGCAAGUUGCCAAGGCUUUCGGUGCUUAUGGCAUAAUGAGGUCUAAGAACGUGAAGCCAGACAGAGUUGUAUUUAAUGCGCUUAUCACUGCAUGUGGUCAAUCAGGAGCUGUGGAUCGCGCUUUUGAUGUAUUAGCAGAAAUGAGUGCUGAGACACAGCCUAUAGAACCUGAUCAUGUCACUGUUGGUGCUUUGAUAAAGGCAUGUGCCAAUGCCGGUCAGGUUGAUCGGGCUCGAGAAGUAUAUAAUAUGAUUCAUGAAUAUAACAUCAAGGGCACUCCAGAGGUUUACACCAUUGCUGUUAAUAGUUGUAGCCACAUUGGUGAUUGGGAGUUUGCAUGCCAUGUCUAUAGCGACAUGACAAGAAAAGGUGUUGCCCCUGAUGAGAUGUUUUUUAGUGCAUUGAUGGAUGUAGCGGGGCAUGCUAGAAAGCUGGAUAGUGCCUUCGAAGUUCUACAAAAAGCAAGAAAUCAUGGAGUACAUAUUGGGAUCGUAUCAUAUAGCUCAUUGAUGGGGGCUUGUAGCAAUGCAAACAAUUGGCAGAAGGCACUGGAGCUAUAUGAGGAUAUUAAAUCCAUUAAGUUGAAACCAACCGUUUCUACAAUGAAUGCCUUAAUUACUGCCUUGUGUGAUGGGGAACAACUGCAGAAGGCUGUGGAUGUUUUAUCUGAAAUGAAGAGGAUGGGCUUGUGCCCCAAUACCAUCACAUACUCCAUUCUAUUUGUGGCAAGUGAAAAAAAGGACGAUCUAGAAGUCGGCAUGAUGCUCUUUUCUCAAGCCAAAAAGGAUGGUGCUGCCCCUAACCUUAUUAUGUGCAGGUGUCUAAUUGCCAUGUGCCUACGGAGAUUCGAGAAGGCUUGUAUGCUUGGUGAGCCUGUAUUGUCUUUCAACUCUGGACGUCCGCAAAUUGACAGCAAAUGGACAUCAUUGGCCUUAAUGGUCUACAGGGAAACAAUUGUAGCUGGUGUGGUGCCUACAAUGGAAGAAUGUUCACAAGUUUUGGGAUGCCUGAAGCUCCCUUACGAUGCAUCCUUGAGAAGUAGACUUACCGAGCAUCUCCAAGUCAGUAUCGAUACAUCAAGAGGCUCGAAUCUCUUCUCCCUUGUUGAUGGAUUUGGAGAAUACGAUCCACGUGCUUUUUCAUUGCUUGAGGAAGCUGCUUCACUUGGAAUUGUCCCAUGUGUAUCUCUUAAAGCAAGUCCAAUCGUUGUUGAUGCAAGGAAGUUGCAGACUUACUCUGCGGAGGUAUACUUCUUGACAGUUUUGAAGGGUCUCAAGCAUCGUCUUGCUGCUGGUGUUAGGUUGCCGAACAUAACCAUUUUACUUCCUGUAGAGAAAACUCAAAUUCAGUCUUCCGUUAGGAAGAAAACAAUAAACAUUGCAGGGAGGAUUAGUCAGGCGGUUGCAGCAUUAUUGAGGCGGCUAGGACUAGCUUACCUAGGAAAUGAAUCAUACGGGAAAAUCCGAAUUAAUGGUGUUGUUGUGAAGAAGUGGCUUCUACCAAAGCUUGCUUCACCUUUCAGUGGGAAACUGACAGAGUUGAGCUCAACCCAUUCACGGUUAGGUAAAGGAAUCACCCAUCAGCAGCGAAACAUUCGAACCAGCAAUCUGUCCUUGGAGUAGGAGAGGAACGAUCAGGGAAUGUGUAUGAUCGACUCUCCAACCAUAUCAUCAAUGACCAAGCAUGAUCAUUCGUACCCUGCACGUGACUUGGCCGAUCCUGACUCUUGUUUUGUAGAAAAGCCAUGUGAGGUGAGGAAACCGGCUUAGGUAUUAUGCUCAAUUCCGGAAACAACAGAGAGAGAGAGAGCUCAGUUUCAGCACUGUAAUAUGUAUGUAUGUCACUUGAUGAGAAGUGUGUAGUUACAGCGGAAGGACCCUUGGCCAUACUACCACCAUAGGUAAUAUCUAAUCAUUUAGAGCUUCAGAAACAGUCUUCUAAUCUUGUAAUAGAAGUCAAUAAUUGUAGAAGCCUGACCAUCAAACUAUUAUAAUUAUAAAUGUUGAAAGUUAAAAUA